AUGCACAAUCCGGCAAGGCAUCGAGACGGCAGCGAAACGAAAUCGGGUGUACAUUGCGAGUAUCUGUAUCUUGUGCUAAUGCUGCUGGCCGUUUCGGUACCGAGUGCGUAUGGAUAUCAUUUUGAUGCUUCGCAACGAAAAGCGCACUACUGUGGACGGAUGCUGAGUGAUACGCUGGCCAAAAUAUGCACCACUUACAACGGCAUGGGCAAGAAGGCGGACAAAGCGUUAGUGCUCAACUUUGAGGGCAGGCAUGGCGAUUCGCGGAUUCUGGAGGAGGUCCAGCACAACGUGGAGGAAUUGCGCGACCUUCAAGAACGCUCGUCGGACCUGAUCUACCAGUCGUUGAUAUCGCUGCAGCACUUGCAGUCCAACCACAUGGUACAGCAUCGAGUGCGGCGACAGGUGGUGAAGGAGUGCUGCGUCCAGAGUUGCACCUUGGACACUCUACGCACGUACUGCGCCAACUAG